UCCCCUUGGUUCCCAGGUGCCAUGAGGAAGCCGCGCCAGAAGUCGCGGCAGAAUGCCGAGAGCCGGCGUUCCCCAUCCCCAUACAGUCUGAAGUGCUCACCCACCCGGGAGACCCUGACAUACGCCCAGGCCCAACGGAUCGUGGAGGUGGACAUUGAUGGACGCCUGCAUCGUAUCAGCAUCUACGACCCGCUGAAGAUCAUCACAGAGGAUGAGCUGACGGCACAGGAUAUCACCGAAUGCAACAGUAACAAGGAAAACAGCGAGCAGCCGCAGUUCCCCGUCAAGUCCAAAAAGCCCUCGUGCAAGGGCAAGAAGAAGGACUCCUGCUCCAAGCAUGCAUCCGGCACUUCCUUCCACCUCCCACAGCCCAGCUUCCGCAUGGUGGACUCAGGCAGCCAGCCAGAAGCCCCUCCGCUGCCUGCUGCCUACUACCGCUACAUUGAGAAGCCACCUGAAGACCUGGAUGCAGAGGUAGAGUAUGACAUGGACGAGGAAGACCUGGCCUGGCUGGAUAUGGUUAAUGAGAAGCGGCGGGUAGAUGGGCACAGCUUGGUGUCGGCAGACACUUUUGAGCUGCUGGUGGACAGACUGGAGAAGGAGUCAUACUUGGAGAGUCGUAGCAGUGGGGCCCAGCAGUCACUCAUUGAUGAAGAUGCCUUCUGUUGCGUGUGUCUGGACGAUGAAUGCCACAACAGCAAUGUCAUUCUUUUCUGCGACAUCUGCAACCUGGCUGUUCACCAGGAGUGCUACGGUGUCCCCUACAUCCCUGAGGGUCAGUGGCUGUGCCGCUGCUGCCUGCAGUCUCCCUCCCGGCCUGUGGAUUGUGUCCUUUGUCCCAACAAGGGUGGUGCAUUCAAACAGACCAGUGAUGGGCACUGGGCCCAUGUGGUGUGUGCCAUCUGGAUCCCUGAAGUUUGCUUCGCUAACACCGUGUUCCUGGAGCCCAUUGAGGGCAUUGACAACAUCCCACCUGCCCGCUGGAAACUAACCUGCUAUAUCUGCAAGCAGAAGGGACUGGGUGCAGCCAUCCAGUGCCAUAAGGUGAACUGCUACACGGCUUUCCACGUAACAUGUGCACAGCGGGCUGGCCUCUUCAUGAAAAUCGAGCCCAUGCGUGAGACCAGCCUCAACGGCACCAUCUUCACAGUGCGCAAGACUGCCUAUUGUGAGGCCCACUCGCCACCCAGUGCUGCCCCUGCUCGGCGGAAGGGUGACUCCCCCAGAAGCCUGAGUGAGGCUGGAGAUGAGGAAGGACUGAAGGAAGGUUGUGGGGAGGAGGAAGAGAAGGAAGAGGUGGAAGAGGAGGAUGAAGAUGAAGCCCAGGGCGGGUCAGGUGGUCUGCAUAAGGGAGUAUCCAAGAAGAACAAGGUGACUUUGAAGCAAAAGAUCAAGAAGGAGCCGGAGGAACUGGGCCGAGACACACCCUUCACUGUCCCUAUGGUCACUGUCCCACAGAUUCCUUCUUACAGGUUGAACAAGAUCUGUAGUGGUCUCUCCUUUCAGAGGAAAAACCAGUUCAUGCAGCGGCUUCACAACUACUGGCUGUUGAAGCGGCAGGCACGGAAUGGCGUCCCCCUCAUCAGGCGCCUGCACUCCCACCUGCAGUCCCAAAGAAAUGCCGAGCAGCGAGAGCAGGAUGAGAAGACGAGCGCGGUGAAGGAAGAGCUGAAAUAUUGGCAGAAGCUCCGGCAUGACCUGGAGCGGGCACGGCUGCUGAUUGAGCUGAUUCGGAAGAGAGAGAAACUCAAGAGGGAACAGGUCAAGGUCCAGCAGGCUGCCAUGGAGCUGGAGCUGAUGCCAUUCAAUGUUCUGCUGAGGACAACAUUGGACUUGCUGCAAGAAAAGGACCCUGCGCACAUCUUUGCCGAACCUGUCAACCUGAGUGAGGUUCCAGAUUACCUGGAAUUCAUAUCCAAGCCAAUGGAUUUUUCUACUAUGAGGCAGAAGCUGGAAUCCCACCUGUACCGCACCUUGGAGGAGUUUGAGGAGGACUUUAACCUUAUAGUUACCAACUGCAUGAAGUAUAAUGCUAAAGACACAAUUUUCCACCGAGCAGCUGUCCGCCUGCGGGACCUAGGGGGGGCCAUUCUUCGGCAUGCCCGGCGGCAGGCAGAGAACAUCGGCUAUGACCCAGAGAGGGGCACCCACCUGCCCGAGUCUCCCAAAUUGGAGGACUUUUACCGCUUCUCCUGGGAAGACGUGGACAACAUCCUCAUCCCAGAGAACCGGGCCCAUUUGUCCCCAGAGGUGCAGCUGAAGGAGCUGCUGGAGAAACUGGACCUGGUGAGUGCCAUGCGGUCUAGCGGGGCCCGGACCCGCCGUGUCCGCCUGCUGCGCCGGGAGAUCAAUGCCCUUCGACAGAAGCUGGCACAGCCACCACCACCACCGCUGCCAUCACUCAACAAGACUGUGUACAAUGGGGACUUACCAGCAGGGUCCCAGGGGGAUGUGGCUGUGCUGGAGCAGGCCCCGCAGGAGGAGCCAGAAGACGAUGGGGACAGAGAUGAAUCCAAACUGCCUGCCCCACCAACCCUUGAGCCCACUGGACCCGCACCUUCCUUGUCUGAGCAAGAAUCCCCUCCAGACCCCCCCACUCUGAAACCCAUCGAUGAUAGCAAACCUCCAAGCCGAUUCCUCAAGCCCAGAAAGGCAGAAGAAGAUGACCUUUCGGAAAAGUCACCGAUGCAGCUAGGGAGUGAGCCCUUGCAGUGCCUGCUAAGUGAUAAUGGCAUCAACAGACUGUCCCUCGUGGCCUCCGAUACUCCCACUGGCGCCCCACUCAGUGGUGUGGGCCGCCGCACCUCAGUCCUCUUCAAGAAGGCCAAGAAUGGGGUCAAGCUACAGAGGAGCCCAGAUGGAGCCCUGGAGAACGGCGAGGACCACAGUGCCACGGGCUCGCCUGCCUCCCCCGCCAGCAUCGAGGAGGAACGGCAUUCCAGGAAGCGGCCGAGGAGCAGGAGCUGUAGUGAGAGUGAAGGGGAGAGGUCUCCCGAGCAGGAGGAAGAGACAGGAGUGACCAAUGGCUUUGGAAAACACACAGAAAGCGGGUCUGACUCGGAAUGUAGUUUGGGUCUCAGUGGUGGCCUGGCAUUUGAAGCUUGCAGUGGUCUGACACCUCCUAAACGUAGCCGUGGGAAGCCAGCUUUGUCUCGAGUGCCCUUCCUGGAAGGUGUGAAUGGAGAUUCUGACUACAACAGCUCAGGCAGAAGCCUCCUGAUGCCCUUUGAAGACCGCGGAGACCUGGAGCCCCUGGAGCUGGUGUGGGCCAAGUGCCGAGGCUAUCCUUCCUACCCUGCCUUGAUCAUCGAUCCCAAGAUGCCCCGGGAGGGCCUCCUGCACAAUGGUGUCCCCAUCCCUGUCCCCCCACUGGAUGUGCUGAAGCUGGGAGAGCAGAGACAGGCCGAGGCUGGAGAGAAGCUCUUCCUUGUCCUCUUCUUUGACAACAAGCGCACCUGGCAGUGGCUCCCAAGAGACAAAGUCCUGCCUCUGGGUGUGGAAGACACAGUGGACAAGCUUAAGAUGCUAGAAGGCCGCAAGACAAGCAUCCGCAAGUCUGUGCAGGUGGCCUACGACCGGGCGAUGAUCCACCUGAGCCGCGUCCGGGGGCCCCACUCCUUCGUCACCUCUAGCUACCUGUAAGGGGGGCCUGGCCUGCCUCUGCUGCCCUGCCUCUCUCCAUGGGCCGUGGAGAAGCCUCCUCCUGCCAGAUGCCUGGAUAGCAGCUUCCCCUUCCACUGAAGGCCAGACUCUGGGCUGUGACCUUGCCAAGGGCACCCCCCCCCCUAGUUUUGACCCACUGCAUGGCUUUCCUGGCAGGCCUGCUGUGUGCCAAAAACUCCCACCUGAGCUCUCUUAGGGACUAAUUCACUGAAGAACCAGUUAGAAGUAGAAACAGUGGUGAGAUUUGGGCCUACCCCAGAGGUAUAUCGGCCUCAGGAGGCAACGGCCCUGGGCUCUAUCCCAAAGGGGUGUCUGGCCCGCCCUACCCUGCUCCCAACUAACUAUGCCUCAGGGCAAGCGAGCGAGCGAGGCUCUGACACUGAGCCCAGAGGUGCUGUGGGUACACUCAGUCCUGUGGGAGAGCUCACCGAGCUCCCACCCGUCACCCAUUCAUACUUCGUGUCCUGCCCAUCCUCCGCACCUCUGCUCGGUCUCUGCCCAUGUUCCUUUCCAUACUUUCUCUUGUGCCAAACUGACAGAAACCAUCCCCAUGUUAGUCCUUGUUUCUUUCUAUGUCUCAUUCCCUUUGAGACCAGCUGCUAUGCUAGGUGGGUGCCUCCGCCUGGCUUCUCCCGGCCAGGGGCAGAGGCCAGCCUACCGCUCGGGUGACCCCUCCACCAGCACGCCCCUUUCCCUGCUUACCCAGCCGCUGCAGACACAUGGCUGCAGCUUGGCUGUGAGAGCUUACCCCCUUGAUUGAGGCUGGGCCCUCCUGCCCGCUCCCUGUCUUGCUGAGAGACAGCCUAAAGCUGGGCCUGCUCUUGUUAGCAGACGAGGCUGGUCGUGGCUGUGUCCGUCUGUCCACUGGGAUGCUGAGGGUUGUUGGGUUGGCGCGUGACCUUUAAUUGGGUCUGCCCCCUUCUCGUCUUGUGGAACUGCAGCUUCGGUCUCACCGUCUACCACCGCAGAUGCUGUGGGGCCCACAGUCCAGCAUCAUCCCUCCAUCCUCCCGUCCUGCCCGCCUCGCCUCUACUGUGCCCGCUUCCAAACCAGGGAAUGCCGCGCUUUGCUUCUAAUUCUCUGCCCCCUUCCCUCUUCUCCCCAAACUCCUUCCCCACCUUUACCUUCUCAAAAACGGAAGGAAAAAAAACUGUGAAACAGGGAAUGCUGACUGACAAACCAACACAACUUUCAGAGGCUUCCAUGUCUGUUCUCUGGAUGUUUCUUUUCACCUCUUAUGCACCAAAGUCACAGGGCCAGGUUGCAGGCCACUGAUCGCCAUGUUGAUUUUUAACCUGAUGUUCUUUUUAAUUAUUUUAGAUUUUCAUAGGGGAGUUUUGGACAAAACAAAGUCACGGGGGAAAUCACUGCCAUUUUUACACACUCAACUUUUUAAAAAUACAGCCAACCACCACCACUUCUUAUACAUUUGGGACAUGAGCCAGAGUUUAAAAGGGAACCAACAAAACUCAACAUAAAGGAAUGAGGUUUUGGAUUUUGUACAAUAAUACAAAUACAAUAGCGCAUAUGGCUAGGGAAGGACAUGGUGUAUAUAAUUGUAAAAUACUGUUCUAAAUUAUUCAGGCUUAUAGUUUCCAUUACUGGAGUCCUCCAUUGUGUGACUGAGUAUUUUAAAUGCGCACAGUGUGGUUUAUUUAAAGGAGCCAGUGUGCCCCCCCUCCCUGGGUAGUUGGUCGGCUGUGGACUCUAUGACCUUCGUCUCAACCUGUGUUGUAAGAUCUCGGGGCUCUCUCUCUCUCUCUCUCUCUCUCUCUCUCUCUCUCUCUCUCUCUCGUUCUCUCUCUCUUUCUUUCUGUGUCAAUCUCUUCCCUCUACUGCCCCACCCGCCAAAAUACUUUCUGAAUACUUUCUUAGUCUUUUUUUCCCCCAUCUCUUUGAAUCUUUCUGUCUCUCUCUGAGUCUCAUUUUUAAAACUGCUCUUUUAGAACGGGAACCGACUCAGAUCCUGCUGUGGCGUGGGGCCUAUGUGUCUCAGUCGCGUCUGCUGUGAAGCACACGAUGCUCUAUUUAUUGUAGAAAGUGACUUUAUUUGCUUUCUAGAAUUGUUUAUAACAGAUGGUAUAAGAGAGGUAAUAAACAGAGAAAAAUCUAUGCUUGUAAAGAAUACAAAAGUUAAUUUUACCUACUAUAAUAUGACUGUCUGAAACUUAUUUUCUCUCUGAGAAAUAAAUGUUCUA